AUGUACAGUGGUCUGUUUCGUUGUGAACUUCCUGAUCCAGCUCGAUUACAUGGUCUAGUUGAACGAGCAGGUGCUCUUGUGAGAAAAUCAAAAUCCUAUUCGAAUACUUUCGGGAAUUCAACUGUUUGGGUAGAUUGUCUGAACGCUCAUCGAGCGGAAGCAGCUUGGCGUUUAGGCGACUGGGAAACUCUACAGGAAACUACUAACAUGAACCUCUUUGAAUGUUCUUGGUCGGUUGGACUAGGUCGGCUAUUUUUAGCAAUGAAAGAUAAGCGAACAUCUGAUUGGUCAAAAAUCUUAGCCCGUUUAAGAAUAGAUCAAGUGACUGAACUCGGCGCUGCUGCACUUGAAGGUCCUGGUGGUUAUAUACGUGCUUAUGAUACAAUAGUCCGUUUAAGCUCUUUAUCUGACAUCGAAUUGAUAAGUUCUUUAGGUGAUGUUAUCAUGAAUGAAAUUCGAAAUCCAACAAAUUCUCGAUCAUCGGAAAAUAAACUUUCAAAUAUCGUUGAGACAUCUUUAAAAUUAUUAGAAACUCGAAUACGUGUUAGUCGACCAACUUUUCAUACUUUAGAACCGGUUUUAGCUAUUCAACAUGCAGCUUUACAACUUGUCACUUCAGCUCUAAGCUCAUUGAACAGCGAUGCAUAUCAAAUAUCUAAUCGAGAAGUAUUGAAUUCUACAAUAUUGAGACUACGUACUGCUUUAGGUUAUAAUUGGUUAGAACGUGCUAAACUAGCUAGAAAAUCUGGACAAUUUAUGGCAGCUUAUACUUGUGUUCUUCGUGCUGAAGAUUUUGGAAUUCCAGAUGCUCUACUUGAAAGGGCUAAACUAUUAUGGCAGACUGAUAAAAGAGAAGCUGCUCAAGCAUGUUUGGAUAAGGGUAUACCAGACGUUUUUGGUUGUAGUAUUUUCAAUGUCCGUAACAAACAAUCCAAUGAAAAUAUUGAAGUUUCUACAGAAUAUAGAACUAUUUCUGCACAACAGGCUUUACUUCUACGCACGCGUUAUUGUGAAGAAACGAACAGAUAUGAUUUUGAAACUACCGGAAAACUCUAUGAACAAGUUUGUGGUUUUAAUUCCGGUUAUGAAGAGGCUCAUUUUCGUCUUGCACGUUAUGUUGACCGGGCUCGGACUGAGGCAGUUGGCUGUAAACAACAAAAUGCACUAAUCAAAGUAGCUUUGAAACAAUACGGUUUAGCUUUAAGUUAUGGCAGUCAAUUUAUUUAUCAGUCAAUGCCAAGAUUAUUAACAUUAUGGUUGGAUUAUGGUCAAGAUUCUGUUCGUAAUUUUCAUGAAUUAAAUAAGCCUCAAAAACAUACUGAAGAAAAUAAUCUACAUUCAGAACAAAAGGUCUUCACUGAAGUUCAAGAGCUUAUGCGUAUUAAUUGUCAGCGAAUUCCUGUUUAUCAGUUUUACACUGCUCUUAGUCAACUGUUAUCGCGUGUGUGCCAUGAAAUUCCAGCUGUAGUUACUACGUUAAUCGAACUAGUAGUCCGCAUUUUUGAAGCUUAUCCGUUACAGACCAUGUGGUUUUUGAUUCCACUGAAUGACUCUACUGUCCGCCAACGAAGAGAUCGUUGUCAGCAAAUUUUCAACAUGAUUAAAACAAAACAAUCGCACUUGUCGAAAUUUAUUGCUGAUUCUAUCUCCUUAUGCAAUCAUCUGAAAACAGUAUGUGGAUUAUUCAUGACGGCUGACCGACGCGAACUUCGUAAUUUUAGUUUACGUCAAACUGUGCGUCCAAUUACACGUCUUAUUGAAAGCAGUGAAUUCUCACGUAUCCUUAUACCAAUUCAUCGUCAACUAGUCCCCAAUCAUUUACUACCCAACGCUACUUCUGAACAAAUCGCUCGUCAUUGGCCAUUUGCUGAACAACCAGAUAGAUUAACCGAAGAAAAUGACGUGGUUGGAUCAGAUGGUAGGGAGUAUAUUAUUGUUGCCAAACCUAAUGAUGAUCUUCGUAAAGAUUCUCGAUUGAUGGAAUUAAAUGGAAUGAUCAAUAAAUUUUUAGUUAUCAAUGAAAAUACUCGACGACGUGCCUUGCAAAUUCGUACUUAUGCGGUAAUUCCUUUAAGUGAAAAAGGUGGAUUAAUUGAAUGGGUUCGUAAUACACAGCCAUUUCGAUCUAUCAUCACACGUCUCCGUGUAGCACCUUUGCUUGAAGAUCCUUUAUCAGUGAAACGUGAUAAAUACUUGAACAAAUGGUUACCUAUGUUCCCACUUGUCUUCUAUAAUUGGUUUCUAAGCACGUUUAGCAAUCCAAGUUCCUGGUAUUCAGGACGGGAAUGUUAUGCACGUACUUGUGCAGUUAUGAGCAUGGUUGGUUAUGUUCUCGGUCUUGGUGAUAGACAUACAGAGAAUAUAUUGUUCGACUCUAUAUCUGGUGAUCUUGUUCAUGUUGAUUUUUCGUGUGUAUUCAAUAAUGGUCUUACUUUACCUUGGCCUGAACGUGUUCCAUUCCGUUUAACUCGCAAUAUGGUUCAUGCUAUGGGUCCAACAGGUUAUGAAGGUACAUUCAGACGUUGUUCAGAAGCAGUUAUGCGUUUACUACGUCACGAAAUCGAUCCACUUUUGGCAGUGUUCCGUCCAAUUUAUUUUGAUGCUGUUGUUGAACAAACUGGAAACGUACGAAGUAAUGUAUUGCCUGGUGGUGAAAGUACUGGACGAACUCGCCGCGGUGGUUCUACAUCAGAUGGAAACGCAUCAUCCGACUUGGACUUGACAGAACGUGCAACCAGGGCAGCUACAGAAAAAUUAGCACGUAUGGAAGAUCGUCUUAAGGGUAAAAUUACAGAACAUGAUGGAUUCAGCCAGAUUUUACCUAUGUCUGUUGAAGGACAAGUGGAUACUUUAAUUAAAGAAGCUACCGAUGUUGAUCGACUCUGUCAAAUGUAUAAAGGAUGGAUGCCAUUCUUAUAA